AGAGGAGGAGGAGGAGGAGGAGGAGGGAGCACAGCUACAUUACCAACACACACAUACACACACUGGUUACAUUACACUGUGGAAGCAGUGCGGGAGCGGUGGGAAAUCGGUCCAUGGCGUUUUUCCUCUCUAUCUUCUUUUCUGAUUGUUUUAUGACUUCUGCUUUCAUCCCUCCUCAUCCGACCAGCUUUGAGGAUGUAUUUUGAAGCAUGAAGGCGGCUUACUGCGUUGCUUGCUGUCCUGUUUAAGUUUUAAAACUGUGUUUUCCUCCAGUUGCACAUCCAUCAGUUACCUUUUCACCUCCAGACGGAGUUUUGGUUUUGUUAGCCUACUUCCCCCCCACCACCACUUUCAAAGGAGCUUCUUCACUGGACCACCGAGGAAAUAUAUUUUCUCACUUUUAUAAAUGCACUUUUUAACGUUGAGUAAUUUUUUUACUGGACCAUAUCCGUCGUCGGUUGAGUGUGUGUGUCGACUGAAAUAACUAGUGAUGAGAUUUUAACUCGUGGUUUGUCUCCCUUUUUUUUUUUUUCUUUUUUCCCUCAUGACAUUGAGUCGUGCACCGGACUCUCAUUCUGAGCCUUUACAUCUCAAGUUUUUCGGGUCAGAGUGUCAGUCCUUUUUAGUUUAAACACUCGUGGUGCAAAAAGGGACGCCGACACCAGCCACACUCCUCCUGUUGCUUCAGUAAAAACACACCGGCAGUGUGUUUGCACGCCGCUUCCUCUCCAAGUGACUCACGGUCGGCGCUCCGGUGAAAGAGGGGGACGUUUUCCCACUCUGUUUCGGGGGAUUUUAGUGGGAGUUUUCCCCUCUGUAGUUUCGGACAGUGCUGGCGUGUGUGUGUCGUCUUCAGUUUUCUUGGUGAAACAAACAGAGUAAAAAAAAAAUAAAAAAUGCCACAGUUAUCAGGCGGCGGCGGAGACCCGGAGCUGUGCGCUACAGACGAAAUGAUCCCGUUCAAAGACGAAGGAGACCCGCAUAAGGAGCAGAUCUUCGCCGAGCUCAGCCACUCGGAGGAAGAGGGAGACCUAGCAGACAUCAAGUCAUCUCUGGUGAACGAGUCAGAGAGCAGCCCCAACAGCAACAGCCACGAUGCAACUAGACAGUCCCAAAUACCGCAAGAUUCAUAUCAUGAAAAACACAGAGACCAUCCAGAAGAUGGAAAACUCCAAGACAUGUACAGUAAAGGCCAUCCGUACUCGGGCUACCCAGGCUACAUCAUGAUGAGCAACAUGAACGACUCCUACAUGAACAACGGCUCCCUCUCGCCGCCCAUGCCCAGAACGUCCAACAAAGUCCCUGUGGUGCAGCCGUCCCAUGCAGUCCACCCACUCACCCCGUUGAUCACGUACAGUGACGAGCACUUCGCCCCAGGAUCCCAUUCUGGUCAUCACCCCCAGGAUGCCAACAACAAACAAGUUUGUCUAGGAAUGCCGAGGCAUCACCCUGGACCAGACAUGCCCAACUUCUAUUCCCUGUCUCCUGGAGGAGUGGGGCAGAUCACGCCACCGCUGGGAUGGUUCUCACACCACAUGGUGCCCGGCCCCCCAGGUCCCCACGCCACAGGGAUCCCCCACCCGGCCAUCGUCAACCCACAGGUCAAACACGAGCCUCUGCAUGAAACAGAUCUCAUGCACAUGAAACCCCAGCACGAACAGAGAAAGGAGCAGGAGCCCAAAAGACCGCACAUCAAGAAGCCUCUAAACGCCUUCAUGCUCUACAUGAAAGAGAUGCGUGCGAAUGUGGUCGCAGAGUGCACGCUGAAGGAGAGCGCAGCCAUCAAUCAGAUCCUGGGACGCAGGUGGCAUGCUUUAUCUCGGGAAGAGCAAGCUAAGUAUUAUGAGUUAGCCCGCAAGGAACGGCAGCUCCACAUGCAGCUCUACCCAGGCUGGUCCGCUCGAGACAAUUAUGGAAAGAAGAAGAAGCGGAAGAGGGAGAAGAUGCAGGAAACGGCCACAGGUACAGGCCAGAGAAUGAAAACGGCGUACAUCUGAGAAAAUGGAGGAAAACGUAACAAUUUCUCCACAUGCAAAGCGAAGGCAGCAGCUACGGGCCCUCUGCUAGAGAUGGAGGCCUGUUAGAUUCCAUGAAGACCCUUAAAUCUCCAAACUGAAGCCUCCGGUUCUCAGAGGACCCCCUCCCACCCCACCCACACAUCCCUACCAACUCCACCUAACCCUACUCCCUCUCCCUCAGCACAGUCACAUGCCACCACCACCAAAAACACUUCUGUUUGACUAUAUUCCCUUCCUGAAGGAGCCUGCUGUAGAGACACUGAACUGAACAAGACAAUCAUGAUUAGUAGGAGCACCCACCCUCACGCAACCACGUUCUCUCACCGAAAACCCAGAUAACAUCAAUUUGAUGUCGGUGUUUUGUCAGUUUCCUUUACAAUCAGCUUUACUGCAAUCCAAGGCACUGCACUGAAAAACAGCAGCAAUUUUGAUGUGCGCACAAACUUCACUGCACCGCCUAAGUUACUGUAAUUUAUUUGUCACCUUGGUUCCUUUGUAUAGUUCAUUAGGCCGACAUUCACUCCCUCAACACCUCCCCCCACCCCCCUGUCUCUCUCUCCCUGGAUUUUUGAGACCAUUUGGGGUUUCACCCGACCGACCAAACACCUCUUUUUAGACUGCACUAAUGAAGACGGAGGGAUCUCAUCUUGUCUAAGAAACGUCCUCAAGACACCAUUUUAGUUUGUUGCUGACCAGUUGGUGCAAAAAAGGAUCAACAUUUUGAUUUGCUUUUCAUUUUAGACUGAGUUUUAUUUUGAAUGCUUUUUUGUAUCUUGAACCCUUGUUUCAAUUUCUCGGUGUAUAUUUUAGUGAUUUUAUUUUUUUUUUUAUUGUUUUUUUAAUAUAGUGGUAUAUAUGAAAAUAAGCUUUGGACACAGGAAAGCCAUUUUUCUUGUUGAAGCAUCUUGCAGAAAAUUGAAACUUAAGGCUUCUUUUGAUAACUAUUUGUAACAAAUAGUGACCUCGAGUCUUGCUCAGAUGUAAAAUAAUGCUCAGUAUGUGUACUUUUUAAAACUGUCAGGAUAUGUCAAUUUUCUUGGUAUUUUUGCAGGCAACAUUAGGACAAAGGCGAGAGUGAUAGCUCAGAGGCCUAUAUUUUAUUGUUCUAAAACAUGACAAAUGAAGCAGAUAUAUAUAUUUACCCCAGCACUUGGCAGUCUUUCUUUUAUUGCAAUGGACCUUUGUCUUUUCUCUCUGGUAGCUAAUAGUGUGGUCUUUAGCCAUGUUGUUUAUUCCAUGCAAGCAUCUCUGUAACAUUUUGAUUUUAAUGCUCUAUUUUAGUAUUACUUGAUGAAUUCCUUUUUUUAUUAUCAUAUUUUGGGUCACUGUCAUCUUGGUAUAGCAUUUUGCUUCCCAAGUGGUCAUAUUUGAACUGUUUCAACAUGUUUGGGUUUUUUUUGUAAGAAAAAUAAAAAGGCACCAUUGGCUCAUUUGAUCACUUGUGUGGUGGAAAGACCAGAGCUAGAAGUGCCAGAUGUAA